AUGUCAAACACAAACUUUAAUUCUCAGUCUUCUAAACAAUUACCUGAACUUCCAAAUUUGGAGGUUUUACGAAGCUUAUGGCCUUCUCAACCGUCAAACGAAUCUAAUGACUCCAGGAGUGUCUGGUCGAAUAGACCAGCGGAGCCUGUUCAUGUGCUAUCAAAUCCUGCUGCAAAUAGUUUUACUUCUCCUUUAAAACGACCUGCUCCUGAUUCUCGCGAUGCUCCUAUGGGAAGAAGAAUUAUGGUUGACGAUCCACGCUUAGCGAAGCCUGUGAAGUACGAUUUUACCCGGCACUGCACAGAUUAUGGUCAUUCUUACGAAUGGCCUUACUUUCGCUCUGUUCGUCGUGAAUCGUUGAUGUAUGGACCACCUGCUGCUGUUCCUCCUGAAUCCCCUGUGUUCCCACCAUAUGCUCCCGAGUCAGCUGGUCUACAACCCAAAUACUAUCCACCCGAGUCCGAUGCCCCUGCCGCGUAUUAUGACCGCACUCGAUUUGGAUUGCAGCCUCCUUCAAAACGAAGAACAUUGAGUCCUCCUCUAAGAAGAGUUGUUGACCCAUAUGGUCCUCGCUUUGCUGAAGAUGAUCCAUACUCGAAAUCACCCUAUGCAUUGGCUGGAGAUCGCCCUCCUUUAUCAGCUCCUAUGUAUCCUGUUGGCUAUCCCCCAUAUAGUGCGAAAGCUCCCUCCCAAAUAAACACUGAUGAUUUUCGUGGUAGCGCCAGUAGAUAUCCUUUGGCAGCUGGUGACGUUCGCGCUUCUCAUUCUCCUAGCCUCAUUGACCCUUAUGCUCAUCGUCCUGUUGCAGACGUUGCUUAUGCGGAUCGUGCUCACUAUGCCAUGAAUACAGAGCCUUAUUCGGCUCCCCCGCCUAGAAAGGAAAAACCGAAGCCACGUCCUCCUACUCCACCUCCUUUGAAUUUUUCGAGAGCGAGUGAGUACAGAAAUGACAAAGGUGAACGGAUAUCUAUGAUAAAUCCUCGUGUGAUCCUUGAUGAAACUGGAAAGUCUGGUCGCUCUCGCUAUUUCAUUAUGCUUUGUGAUAACGAAACUGCGAUUUCUCAUGCGAAGAAAACGUCCAUUUGGGCUGUAAAGCACGAAGCAGCUUCCCGUGUGUCCGAUGCUUAUAAGAACGCUAGUAUAUAUUUUAUUUUUAUCGCAAAGCCAACAAAUAACGCUCUCGGCUAUGCUCAAGUCGUUAGUGAUUUGAAUAGUGCAGAGCUUCCAUUUUGGGCAGAUAAUGCUACUUAUGCUGGAGGUGUCCGCGUGAAGUGGAUUAAAACUUGCAAUCUUUUCUCUGCUGAAAUCUCUGAUAUCGUUGGACGAAUGAACCAUGGAGCAACCGCUAGAGAUGGAAUGGAAAUGAUGUACGACGAAGGUUGCCGUCUUUGCAUUUUGGUUAACUCGGCCAUCAUGAAGCGAAUUGGGCGCGAUCGGUAA